UUAAACUCAAAAUCUGAGGGACCACGUUGAGUAUACGUUACAUAAACAUCCAAUGUUCCUCUCUUCCUCUCUCACUAUACCAUAUAUUUCUCUCUUUAGCAUAACUAUAGACACCAACCAAUAGAGUUUAUGAUAAGAUACACAUACAUGAUACACCGUUCCGUCCAAUAUUACCAUAUAGUAUUAUUGUUUUGAGAAUUUAAUGUGUAUAGUAUGGUGAAAAAACAAUUGUGUACGAGAAUCUGAAACCUAGGAGAAUCGAAGAAGAAGGCAAAUAAAGUGAAGCAUGGAGAAGGACAACGAGACAUAUUUGAAGCUCUUCGGUGGUCGUUCUUAUAAUAACCAGAAGAAGGGCAAAGUCACCACACUUUCCACCACAGUCACUGUGCUGUUUUGCUUUGUAGCCACUUUCUGUGCUUUUGUUUUCUGGAAUACGUGGAGUUCCCUUGGAAGCAAGAACAUCUCAGCCGUCCACGUAGCCAGGCCGAACGUACAGGAAUUUCCCCUGAGAUGCGGGAAGUGGCACGUGUGCGGUAGGGAGUACCCGACCACACACAGGCCGAGGAGCAACGGGAGUGGCACGUGCCCGUCGUACUUCCGUUGGAUCCACGAAGAUCUAAGGGCGUGGAGAGAGAGAGGGAUCACGCGGGAGAUGGUGGAGGGUGCACGGAGAACGGCGCACAUGAGGGUAGUGAUCGUGGACGGGAGGGUGUACGUGGACAAGUAUAGGAAGUCAAUUCAGACCAGAGAUGUGUUUACUCUCUGGGGGAUCUUGCAACUUGUGAGACUCUACCCUGGGAAGCUCCCUGAUUUGGAGCUAUUGUUUGAUUGCGAUGACCGGCCCGUUAUCCCAAAAGACAGGUUUCAAGGCCCAAAUGCUGCACCCCCACCUUUGUUCCGCUAUUGCUCCGACCACUGGAGUUUGGACAUUGUCUUCCCUGAUUGGUCCUUUUGGGGCUGGGCUGAGAUAAAUAUAAAGCCAUGGAAAUAUGUCCUAGAAGAUAUCAAAAAUGGGAACAAGAAGAGAAAGUGGAAGGACAGAGUACCCUACGCGUAUUGGAAGGGUAACCCUUAUGUUGCUUCAACUAGGAAAAACCUUUUGCAUUGCAAUGUCACACAAAAACAGGAUUGGAACACUCGCCUAUACAUACAGGACUGGGAACAAGAGUCCAACCAAGGGUACAAGAAAUCCAACUUAGGGGAUCAAUGCACUCAUAGGUAUAAGAUAUACAUAGAAGGAUGGGCUUGGUCCGUUAGUGAAAAGUACAUUUUGGCUUGCGAUUCUAUGAAUCUAUAUGUUAGGUCUAGGUUCCAUGAUUUUUUUGUCCGAGGCAUGGUUCCCUUGGAGCACUAUUGGCCCAUUAGAGACAAUACCAAGUGCACCUCUCUUAAGUUUGCAGUCGAAUGGGGCAACAACCACACUCAUGAGGCACAAGCAAUAGGUGAGGCUGCUAGCAAAUUCAUUCACGAGGACAUGGACAUGGACUAUGUAUAUGAUUACAUGUUUCAUCUACUUAAUGAAUAUGCAAAGCUCCUAAGGUUCAAACCAACUAUACCUCGAGGAGCUGUGGAGUAUUGUCCUGAAACCAUGGCAUGUGCUGUAAAUGGUACACAAAGGAGAUUCAUGGAGGAGUCCAUGGUGAAGUUUCCUAGUGAUUCAAAUCCAUGCACUAUUCCUCCUCCAUAUGAUCCUAAAACCCUACAAGACUUUCUAGAUAAAAAGGCUAAUUCAAUAAGACAGGUAGAAACAUGGGAAGAUGAAUAUUGGGAGAAGAAAAACAAGGAACAAUGAUAGAUUUUGUCAAAUUUUCUUUUUUAUUUCAUGUUGUGACAAAUGACCCUUUUUUCAUACAUAUACCCAGGUGGGGUUAUCUCUUGUAUACUUUCAUGUUUAUCAUCAUUACACAUUUUUUUAAUUCCUUGCUAAACAUAAAGAUUGAUCAAUGUAAUUAUAGCUUCCCCCUAACUAGUUUCAUUUAAAGCACUA